AUGCGGGAGUAUUACAUGGGAGCCAGUGGUUGCGUGGUCCUGGCAGGGCCGGACGCUGAGCCGUUCCGAUGCUUGCCGCAACAUCAUGGCGCAAUCCUCUCUGCAUACCAGCAGGUACUUCAGAACUCGGCAGGGCUGCAGUCGCUCAUCCGCUGCAAAUGGGCCGCAAGAGUCUGGACUCUCCAGGAGGCAUUGUUGUCUCGACAGCUUGUCUAUGCCGUGCAGGAUCAGCUCAUCGACGGUGAUUUCAUUUCCGAGCUGGUCGCGUACGUCGAGACCUUCGCUGAACAAUACACCGGCGACACCGCCACUGGGAACAUCGAAUGGAUAGGUGGAUUUGGGUCCUACCGUUGGGACGCGAGAGCUGCUACAGUUGUUUAUCCUCGACAAUUUAGAGUGCAGGAAGAUCCCGACGGAUCCCUGCGAUUUACGAUUAUAAGGACUGUCUUCGGAGGCGAGCAACAAUACGAGGAAUUGCAAUCGGUUGGUGGGAUUACCAUGCCUUUUGAGGAGGCCUUAACCAUGAUAACGGAUAGGGACGCAACAAAGGAGGAAGACUAUGUUUACGGAGUCCUCGGCAUAUGUGAAGGAGGAGACAAGAUCGAUGUCAAGUACGGCAUCAGCUGGCUUACUAUGCUGGAGAAGCUGCAGAAGGCGGGGAUGAUCACCGAACGCCAGCUUGCCUCGUCGACAAUCAAUGAGCUCCCCGGUAUGAGCUGGCUACCCAAAUGCGGCCCUGGCUAUGGACCAUUCAAGAAUGUGGAAAGGCUAGCCGCCUUUAUUCGCAGGCCGAAGCUCUCAUUCUCGAAACAAGGAGUAAUUGUUUUGGGGGCGGCAUUCGAAUGGGAAGAUUACAAAUGCGAAAACGUGGAUUUCCUGAAUAUUCACGGCAUGGCUUGUCGGCUCGUACGUGGCACGAUCCGGUUCCCAGACACGCCGGGACUUGUUGCCCGAGUUGGCGGGACGACCACACACAAGGAUGGAUUUAGAGGGGAUAGAAUGAGCGGCACUCACGUGAUGCUCUGUCGACACGUUGAUGAAAAGACCCCGGAUACUGUGGCCAUCAAGAUUUCGGGAGACAUCGAAGGCGGACAUGUCCGAAGAGAGGAUGGGUAUGUGCUGGAGCUUCACCAUUGGGUCAAGGGGGAUCCAAGAUUGCUCAAAGGGAAGCAGUGGAUUAUCAUUAGUUAA